CGACACACUUUUUUAUUUAUAUAUAAAAAAAAAGAAUAAUAUUUGUUGGAAAUAUUCCUCCUUUUAAUGAAGACCGAAUCCAAAAAAAGAAAAAAAGGAAAUUCUAAAUUACCAUUAAAUUCUCCGUCUAUAUUAACUACCUACUGAGCACAACUCUAUCUCUCUCUUCUUUCUUCUCUCUCUACGAAGCUUCCUGGAAGCUCACCAUGGCCUCUGUACCCGAAAACCCAUUUAACCACCCUUUCUUCCUCCCUCUUUCCUCGCACAUUCUUCUUCUUCUUCACUCCUUUUCUUCUUCUUCGUCUUCUUCGUCUCUCUCAAUCUUGGCGUUCUUCUCAUUUGUUUGUUCUUUCUUCCCACCAUGAAGCUCAUCGCCAAUUACCCGAAAAAGCUUUACAAUAAGUACAAACGAUCCAAGUCACGGUCCGUUUCCAGAUCCGAUGACCCACUAAACUCCUUUAGUUCUACAGGGACCUCGUCGUCUGAUUCGUCCACUUCCUCCUCAUCUUCCGCUGUUAAAAAGCGGCUCAAGGGCGCCCAUGCUCCCGGCACUCCCACCAGCGUUCUCCCUCCGGCGAUGUCCAGCGAAAUCUCCGCCGACGAGUGGUCCGAUAUCUCCGCCGACGUUUAUUUCGAGAUUGAGCAGGCGUUCAAGAUGAUUGACCGCGACGGGGACGGGAAAAUCACUAGGGAUGAGCUGGAGGAGUUGCUGAUUAAGGUCGGAGCGGAGCCGCCGAGCAAGGAGGAGCUGAGUUUGUUGUUGAGCGAGGUGGACAGGAAUGGGGAUGGGUGCAUCAGUUUGGAGGAAUUCGGCGCCAUCAGCUCGGCUUUUGGGCCUCCGGCUUGCGAUUCGGAACUCAGAGACGCGUUUGAUUUCUUCGACACGGAUCACGAUGGCCGGAUAACGGCGGAGGAGUUGUAUAACGUCUUCGGAGUCAUCGGAGACGGGCGGUGCACGUUAGAGGAUUGCCGGCGGAUGAUUAACGGUGUAGAUAAAAAUGGGGAUGGAUUCGUCUGCUUCGAGGACUUCUCUCGCAUGAUGGAGCUGCAGAGAUGAUUGAUUCAACAAAAAAAUCAUGAUCGUUGCUUGGUCCAGAUUUCCGGGUUUUUGGGAAUGAAAUUAUCCAAAAUCUCAGUCAAAUUUUUAUCCCCUUUUUUUUCGCUUCUUUAUUAUCUAAUUUUCUUCGUCUUCAUCGAUGUAUUAAUUCGGAGAAAUAGGUGGGUGGUGCGUGUGUGCGUGUUUUUUUUCUUCUUUUUUUUUUUGUAAUUUUAGUUGGAGGAGAAUAUAUAGAUCCGAAGGUGAAGAGGAAGGCAGGAGGUAGAUUGAUCGAAUUUCAACGGCUAAGAUUGAUCUAUCUUCUUUGGCUUUAACCUUGAAGUUGCCGUAUAUAAAUUGAAGUACACUUCUUCCCAGUUUUUAUCAGUCUAAUUUUACAGCGCAAAAUCAAUACCGAACAUUAAUUUGAACGGUUGAGAUUACAUCAGCUGCUUGAUCUAUUGAGAUUCGAAAAAAUAUCUAUGCACCCAAAGUGGUUUGCCUGCCAACGGUCUUUUCAAUGAUGAUCAAUAUAAUCACCUUUCGUAUACAAAUUGCAUUAGCUAGACGAAACUUUUCUAAUUCAAUUUUGUGCAAAUAUUUAAGACAAAACAUAGGAAAAGAUAGUAGAAUUCAAUUUUUAGCUAGAAGUCUAAUCAAGAUUAUUGUUUCUUCAAAUCAUAUCACUUAUCUGUUGUUGAGUUAUAAUGUUAUAGGUGUGACAACACAUCUUCAAAACGAUGUAAUAUCUUAAAUAAGUAUUUGAAGUAAUUGAAUUGAGUGAUAAUAAAUGGAUGAAAUCAUCAAAAUUUAUAAUUUUAUCUUAUCAUUUACUCUUGCAUCUCGCCCUCCUUGCAAAUUCAUUUCUUCUUUUAUUAAUUUCAAUUUAAUCAGUGAGUAAAAUGUUUUUGUUCCUAAAAAACCUAUCUAACGUGUGAGGGCAGGAG